AUGGUGGAACCGCAGUCAUGGGCCACCCGGCGGAUGAGCAAUCCCAGGUUACUCGACUCCACCUCCACCACCGCCACCACCGACGACCAGGUCCUCGACAUCCCCGCCACGCCCCCGGGGGACGUCAGGGGAAACAAUGCAUACUACUACUCCACCUCCGCCGUCGGAUCUUACUUCUCCCCCACCGUCCUCACCGCCUCAAUCAUCGCCUCCUGGUACUUCUCCAACAUCGGCGUCCUCUUGCUCAACAAGUACCUACUCAGCUUCUACGGCUACCGCUACCCGAUCUUCCUCACAAUGCUCCACAUGAUCUCCUGCGCCGCCUACAGCCACAUCGCCAUCCGAUUCCUCGAGGUCGUCCCCUUCCAGCAGAUCCUCUCCCGCCGCCAGUUCCUCAAGAUCUUCGCCCUCUCCGCAAUCUUCUGCUUCUCCGUCGUCUGCGGGAACACCUCCCUCCGCUACCUCCCGGUCUCGUUCAAUCAGGCAAUUGGAGCGACGACGCCGUUCUUCACCGCGAUUUUUGCGUUUUUAAUUACUUGUAAGAAGGAAUCGGCGGAGGUCUAUUUGGCGCUGAUGCCGGUGGUGUUUGGAAUCGUGUUGGCGAGCAAUAGCGAGCCGUUGUUCCAUUUGUUCGGGUUUUUGGUCUGCGUCGGGUCGACUGCGGGUCGGGCGUUGAAAUCGGUGGUACAGGGGAUUCUGUUGACAUCCGAAGCAGAGAAGCUUCACUCGAUGAAUCUGCUGCUGUACAUGGCGCCGAUGGCGGCGAUGAUUCUGCUUCCGUUCACGCUGUACAUAGAGGGGAAUGUGGCGGCGGCGACGGUGGAGCACGCGAGGAGGGAUCCGUUCAUUAUUUUCCUGCUGGUGGGGAACGCGACGGUGGCGUAUUUGGUGAACCUGACGAAUUUUAUGGUGACGAAGCACACGAGCGCGCUGACGCUGCAGGUGCUGGGGAACGCGAAGGCGGCCGUGGCGGCGGUGGUUUCGGUGCUGAUAUUCAGGAAUCCGGUGACGGUGAUGGGGAUGGCGGGAUUCGCCGUUACGAUUAUGGGCGUGGUGCUUUACAGCGAGGCCAAGAAGAGAUGUAAGGUCACCACUCAUUGA